CGCCUCUUCCCCUCCCCCCAGGUUCCUGCGCCCUUCUCCAACCGCCAACUGCCGUCUGCGCCUGAGGCCCGGCCUGCGCCCCAUCCCGCUCGCUCCACGCUGCGGCAGCCGGGGCGGCCCCAGGUGCGCGGCCCCCGCCAUCGUGCCCCGCCGCCCUGCGCCAUGGAGGAGGGCCCUCUGCCGGGCGAGCUGCCCAGCCCCGAGGAUGCGAUGGUGACGGAGCUCUUCAGCCCCGAGGGUCCGUUCGUUUCGGAGAACAUUGGCCUGAAGGCCCCCGUGAAGCACGAGGAGGACGAGUUCCACGUCUUCAAAGACAAGUACCCGGGCCCGGCGGACACCAAGGAACCCCUCCUAAACGCGUUCAACCCCGCGCUGGGCGCCGACUGCAAGGGCCAGGUCAAGGCGAAGCUCGCGGGGGGCGACAGCGACGGCGGGGAGCUUCUCGGGGAGUACCCCGGGAUCCCCGAGCUCAGCGCGCUGGAGGACGUCGCGCUUCUGCCGGACCCGCAGCCGCCCGCCAGCAACGUGCACUUCCUGUCCUCGCUGCUCCCCCCGCACCGCAGCCCGGCGGUGCUGCCCCUGGGCGCCUGGGUCCUGGAAGGAGCCGCCCACCCGGGCGUCCAGGUGAUCCCGGUUGAAAGCAAGGAAGCAGGUGGUACUAUUACAAGUAAUAAUCCAGAAGAAGCAACUUUCCAGAAUCUUCUUGCUCAGGAAUCCUGUUGCAAGUUCCCAUCGUCCCAGGAACUAGAGGACGCCUCCUGCUGUUCUCUUAAGAAAGAUUCCAACCCAAUGGUGAUAUGCCAAUUGAAAGGGGGCACGCAAAUGCUGUGUAUAGACAAUUCUGGAACAAGAGAACUAAAAGCACUCCAUUUGGUUCCUCAGUAUCAAGAUCAAAAUAAUUAUCUACAGUCAGAUGUCCCUAAACCAAUGACUGCUUUAGUAGGGAGAUUUUUGCCAGCAUCAACAAAAUUAAAUCUCAUUACACAACAACUUGAGGGAGCCUUACCAUCGGUAGUCAAUGGGUCUGCUUUCCCCUCGGGAUCAACUCUUCCAGGACCACCAAAAAUAGCUUUGGCUCGGUACUGUGACUGCUUUGCCAGUGGGGACUUUUGCAACAACUGCAAUUGUAAUAAUUGUUGCAACAACUUGCAUCAUGAAAUUGAACGGUUUAAAGCCAUUAAGGCAUGUCUUGGUAGAAAUCCAGAAGCUUUCCAGCCAAAAAUUGGGAAGGGCCAACUGGGCGAUGUCAAGCCCCGGCACAACAAAGGGUGCAGCUGCAGGAGGUCAGGCUGCCUGAAGAAUUACUGCGAGUGCUAUGAGGCCCAAAUUAUGUGUUCUUCUAUUUGCAAAUGCAUUGAUUGCAAAAAUUAUGAAGAAAGCCCAGAACGAAAGACACUAAUGAACAUGCCAAACUACAUGCAGACUGGAGGUUUGGAAGGCAGCCAUCAUCUGCCACCAGGACUUCCAAAAUUCAGUCAAGAUAGUACAACUUGUCUUUCAGAACCUCUUUCACAGCUCCAAGUGGCAUUGAAGGGGGAAGGCCGUCCUGACAGCAGGACCCCAAGGCUUGACAGGCGGCCUUCCUCAUGCAUCUCCUGGGAGGUGGUGGAGGCCACAUGCGCCUGCCUGCUGGCUCAGGGAGAAGAGGCCGAGAAAGAACACUGCUCCGAGUGCCUGGCAGAGCAGAUGAUCCUGGAGGAAUUUGGAAGGUGCUUAUCACAGAUUCUCCACACUGAGUUUAAAUCCAAGGGGUUGAAAAUGGAGUAGAGUAUAAAGUGUGAAUGCAUGUUGAUUUUCUCUUAGUCUAGAAAUCUCUAGUUUAGAAAGGUUGUUUAGGGGAACAUGAGGCCGGCUCUGCAGCAACAACCAGGCUCCCCUGCAUCCCUGGGCCCAGGGAGUUUACUCAGAGCUCUCUGAAGAUGUGGCAACCCAUGCCCCCUUUUCUGAGGAGGUGCGUGGCCUGAGCACUGUUUGUCUGGCCCAGAGGAGAGAGCUUGGGUUCCCGUAGUACUGGGAGAGCGUCUGCAGGGCAGCGGAGGGCAGGGCAGGGGAGGGUAGAGCAGGCCCUGUGGAGGGCAGAGCAGGCCCUGAGGAGAGCUCACUCUGGUCGACUCUUCCUCUCGGAGAAUGUUGCUCUGGAGGCUGCUCUGCAUAAAAACCCUAAUGGUUUCUUGUUUGUUUUUCAAAUUAUUUAGAAAUAAAUUCUCUAGAUGGGCUGUUAUGAUACCACUUAAAAUCUCUAGAGAACUACUGAACACCCAAAGAUUUUCUGUAGUGUAGACAUUUCCCCAGAGGCCUGCGAAACUGUCAGUCUUUCUAAGGCGCCCGGGAGACGCAGGCAAUGGGGCCUCGCAGGCCGGGCUUGCACCAGCAUGUCUUGAGUUAGCGGACUUAAAAUUAUCUAAUUUCUUCUGUGUUUCUACUUGAAUUGUGGAAAGCUCUAUUAUCCAAUUAACUUCUCCAUAAUUAUUGUUGUAAUAUUAUUAUUGUUUGUAAAAUAUGGUUCACAUAACUAGCUUGUGGAAACCAGCAGGUAAAAUGAAUUCUUAAGUUGACGUUUUUGGUUCUGUUGUAAAGCAAAAAUGAGUAAAAAUUUCCAAUGUCUUCAA